AUGUUUACUGUCGCAGUGUUGCUAGCCUUUUGUGGAAUUGCCACCUGUGGGCGUUUGGAUAAUGUCUACCUUCCACCAAGCGUGCCUGGUGCUCAUGGACCUUUCCCAUCAGGGCGCCUCCCGGGCGCUCCCUUCGCAAAGGUAAAUCCGGUACCUUUCGCCGGACCCGCGCCCUUCGCCGGAGCGUACAACGCGGGACCCCAUGUCCCAAUUCUUCGCUACGACAACCGCAACGAAGGUGACGGACAAUACGCCUUCAACUACGAGACCGCGAACGGUAUCGCCGCCCAAGAGCAGGGACGCUUGAAGGGCCCAGACAGUUUGGAAGCGCACGGAUCCUUCGCGUACACCUCACCAGAAGGUCAACACAUUUCGCUCACCUACGUUGCCGAUGAGAACGGUUUUCAGCCGAGUGGCGCCCAUCUCCCGACCCCGCCGCCAAUUCCGGAAGCGAUCCUGAGGUCGAUCGAGCAAAAUCUCGCGGAAGAGGCGCGCGGACACGUUGAUGAUGGACAGUACCGAGGAGACCACCACCACCACCAAUACAACGCUCAGCAUUAUGACGCCCAUCAUCAGGGAUAUAGGUACUAG